AUGGAAAAUGACUCUUCAGUGAUGGAGUUCAUCCUGGUAGGACUUACAGAUCAAUCUCAGCUCCAGUUACCCCUUUUCUUUCUCUUCUUACUGAACUGUGUAGUCACUGUGGUAGGGAAUUUGAGCUUAAUUAAUCUAAUUUGUCUGAAUUCUCAUUUGCACACUCCCAUGUACUUUUUCAUCUUCAACUUAUCCUUCAUAGAUCUCUGCCACUCUUUGGUAAUCACACCUAAAAUGCUGAUGAACUUUGUGUCAGAAAAAAAUAUCAUCUCCUUUACAGAAUGCAUGACUCAGCUGUUUUUUUUCUGUUUCUUUGUCCAUUCUGAGAGCUAUGUGUUGACAGCCAUGGCCUAUGAUCGCUAUGUGGCCAUCUGUAAACCCCUGCUGUACACAGUCACCAUGUCCCCUCAGUUCUGUUCUCUUCUGAUGUCUGGUUCAUACGUGAUGGGGUUUGCUGGUGCUAUGGUCCACACAGGGGACAUGGUCAGAUUGUCCUUUUGUGAUUCCAACAUCAUCAGCCAUUACCUGUGUGACAUCUUCCCCCUCCUCCAGCUCUCCUGCAGCAGCACCUACGCCAGUGAGCUGGUGACUUCUGUUAUUGUGGGCACAGUUGUCAUUGUAUCCAGCCUCAUUAUUUGCAUUUCUUAUGCUUUGAUCCUGUCCAGUGUCCUCCACAUCUCAUCAGCUCAGGGUUGGUCCAAAGCCUUCAGCACCUGUGGCUCGCACAUAGUAACUGUUGGCCUAUUCUAUGGAUCUGGGUUGUUCACACAUCUCAAGACCUCUCCUGCUGGUUCUAUGGGCCAGAGGAAGUUCUUCUCAGUAUUUUACACCAAUGUAGUACCCAUGUUGAAUCCUCUCAUCUAUAGUCUAAGGAACAAGGAUGUCAAGUGUGCUCUGGAAAAAACCCUGAAGAGAAUUGCACAUUAA